UGUUGAUUGUAUUCAUUAUUGGUUAUCCAGAUGGGUGUCCAGCUCUGUUUGCGUAUACUGGUUUGAUGAUUAAUAGAAAGGCAACAAGUGUAUCGUGAAUAAUAAAAAAAUCAGAGAUAGAUUACGAAGAGGAGUUUAAUGUUAGCGCCUGGCCUGCGCUCAGCUAAAAUCAAUGAGUCCACCCGGCGAAUGUGUCAGUGCGACUCCACCAACGUUGCGUCGAACCCGUGUCCCGUCUUCCCUGUCUUUGACUUUUCCUUUCUUUCUCCUCGAAAUUUGCGUUAUCGCCUGAUGAAAAUCAUGUAAGAUUAGAGAUCGAUAUGCCGAGUCAAGAAGAUAUGGAUCUUUGUACCGAUAAGGUACUGUCCAAGGGAAGAAUUCUUCAAGAAUUAACCAAAGCUGUCAAAUUGGUUUACGCUCAAAGUUUAUAUGGUACAGUAGUCUUAGAUGGUGACUCUUGGUUGGUCUACUGGUUAGACCGAGCUUUACGCCAUGGAUUGCGUAUAGAGAGACAUGGAUAUUGGGGCACUGCUCGUGAACUCAGUCAUCAAGAUACUGUUGUUGUAAUUCAUGCUCUUCAAAGUGUAUUAACUUCCAUUGGUAAAGGCAGGGCAUGGCUUUACCAUACUCUCAGCGAAGGCAGUUUUGAAAGUUAUUUAGCUUGCUUAUUACGAGAUACAAAAAUAUUGAAAAAACAAUAUUUUCCACAUGCACUUGUUCGGGAUGCAGAUAAAACUAAUCAAUUAGUUAAUCUACUUGCUGGUUUAGAAAAUGUGUCUUUCACAUUGCAAUUGGAUGUCACAUACCUGGAUAUUUGCAAUUACAUGCCUCAAAGGCCUAUGAGCGUAAAUCCUUCUGGAACUAUAUUAUCAUUACAUCUUAGAUCAUCCAGUGUUUCUUCGAGUUUAGCUUCUCCUGGUGACAGUGGAGUUGCUUUUGAUAGUGACAUGGAGCUUGCUAAUGAAACAGAUGCUAGUAGUUACAAGGAGGAAGAUUUUCAUCUAGAAGAAACUCCAAGGUAUCGGAAUAAUAGGUAUAAAACAAUGAUAAACAACUGUAGAGAAGACAAUAAAAAUUUUAGCUCCAGUGAUUCCAGCGAAGAUGGAAAAACACCUACACAAUCACCAGGAAUGGUUACCAAAUUUCAAACCGCAAUGAUGACGAAAAGUGAUAUAGCGAAUCAAAACUUAACGAGAAAACUUGAUGAUAAUGAGCUUACCUGUUCCAGUUUGGAUACUUUAAAAGAUUACGAUUUUUACAGUAAAAGUUUAGAUGAGUCAAAAUUAGAUAAAAUAAGUAACAAAAAUGAUAAUGGAAUUAAAGAAUUGAAUAAAAGAACCACGUAUUACAGCGAUGGUAGUUACAGUUUUAAAAGGAAUAUUGAUCCUCGAAAUUCAUAUGUUAUCAACAAUGAUACAAAUCUUCUAGAACUUAGUAUGACUAUUUCAGAUUGUGAAAACAUAGAAGCACCAUAUGGUAUUUUGAAUACUAUUAAUAUGACUGAUGCUAGUAUUUUAUCAUCCUCUAGCUCAGAAGCUAUCGUACAACGUAGACAACGUAAAAAGAAACGUGGGGAAAGUAAAAAGCGCGUCAGUUUUCACGAAGAUAUUUUAAAAACUAUGAAAUUGGAUGAUGAUGAAAAUUACGCAGAUUUUUCUAUGAGCUUUUUAACGCCUAAUUCAGUUCAGAAGAAAGAUACACAAAAAGGAAGAUAUAGUUGGUGUGCUCAUGGGGAUUCUCCGUAUGUUCAAAAGAACGUUAAUCCCAGAAAUGCACAUUCGGAUUACUAUUCUUACUCUUCAUCAUCGAGUGUAUUUGAUAGCGAUUGUGAAAAGAAAGUAUCAUCAAAGAGUUGUGAACAAAUACCAUGUCAGAACAAUUGCAAGUGUGCUUGUGGAUUGUCGCUUUCAGAGCGAGGUGCGCCAGAGGGCCAAGAAGAUCCCGGUAAAGCAUUCAGACCGAAGAUGGAGAUUGAAUUAGAAGAAAAUGAAGCACAAGAAGCGUACAUCGUUGAAAAAGAAUAUGGAAAUAUCGUAGAAGAUCCUCCAGCAAAAGUUCAAAUGCCUUGUCCAACUAAUUCGAAACAAUAUACUACUUCUAGCGAUUGGUCGGAUAUAGAUAGUACUACCACAUCGGAUGUAGAGGAACGUAGAAAUAGCAGACAUUUAGCUUCACCUUCAAAAAAACGUAACAUGACAUCAAUACUAACAGGAGAAAAUAGUAACAAAUUAUUAGCGCCGCCACCUAUAAGGCAAGCUCCAUCUAAAACAUCAUUAUUGAGUAGAUUUCUAAAAUCUAUUACAGAGAGGAAAUUUGAAGUUAAAAGAAAUAAGAAGUCACAAAAAACGAAUCCUUUAUAUAUCAAAGGUGUUAAAACAAGUUAUGAUUCUUUUAAAGAAUUUAAUGAUAAUCUUGAUCGAGAGAUACAAGAAAAUGUGGCAGCAGAAAAACGAGAAUUUAGUGGAGAAAAGAUUAGCUUGAAAUUACGAGAACUUUUUAAGAAACAUAUUUAUAGAGAUAAAACAGAAGAAUUAUAUAAAGUAUAUAAAGUUAGGAGUUCGUACAUGACAAAUGGAGAAAGUAAACCGAUGAUUGCUUUAUUAACAGAUAAAACAUUAUACUUAACAGGUUCGAAACCGGACCAUAUUUAUAGUAAUCAGUUCGUUAUUCCUUAUAACGAAUUAGAUGUUAUAAUGGUUGGACCAAAUGCACAAACAAUACUAUUAUCAAAUGCAGAUUACGAGAUGCAGUAUUUAUUUUCUACAGGAAGUUCCCAAACUACUUCAGAGUUAAUUGCGCACUUGGAGAUGGCUAUAAGGAGAUCUCCAAUGAAACCAAGACUUCCAGCAGUUAAAAUAUUGACCUACGAAGAUAUGCAUAUUUUAAGGCACUCUGUGCUGUGUGAUACUGCUGUCCAUCCUUACAAUUUGAUAUUUCAGGAUGAAAAGAUCGAACACUAUAAUCUUAUUUAUAUGGAAGAUGAACAUAUGUCACCACCUAGCACACCAUGUGGUCCAACAAAAGAAGGUGAUCUCAUGUACAGACCACACACGUAUCAACAAGUUCAUCCUAAUGCUCCAACUAAUCCAUGGGAAGCUGGAUACUUUGUUCUCAAAGGUGGAGUUGUUUAUAUGUUUACGGAUGCGAAUCAACGAUUACCGAAACGAGCUAUUCCAUUGAAAGGUGGUCUUUGUCAAGGAUGUCGAAGAAUUCCGAAUUCUCAUCGCCCUCAUACAUUCGAGAUACUUUUAAAACCGAAUAAAGCUUUUCAGUUUGCUGCUCCAGACGAAUACGUCGCAUCCGAAUGGUUACAAAGCUUUGUUCAAAGUGCUUCUGGGUUAUUCGAUAUUACAGAAAAAAGAGAGCCUUUGCCAUGUAGCCUUAUUACAACUACUAAGCAUUUAGUAGCUAUGAAAGAAGUGUUUCCUGGUAAACAACGUGGGGAAACACUUUCUUGUGCUUCUGUAGAAGAUCUCACAGCUUUCAGAGUACCUUUAACUCAACAAUCUUGGUGUAUACUGGAGUUCGCAUGUCGAGAAGUACAUGAAAGUAGUGGUGACUGGGUUAUAUAUUUCACAAAUUACACUGAACUAUCUACUUUUAAAGAAAUUUUAGAAACAUUGUGGGCUGAUGCAAGUUUGGGUGAAUUUCCUAUGGUAACGCUUCCGCCAGAAGAUAAACUUCAUCGACGUUGCUCAGAUGCCAGUAAAGAAUUAGAGUUUGCAUGGCGAUAUUUAUUACCUUCAGUAAUCGAUUAAACGAUAAGGUGUACCAGUAGACAAUAGCUAAUGCAUCGUCAUAUUCAGUAAUAAAAAUUGAUGAAACAUAAGUACUUGAACGAAUCAACUCAUAUAAUACAGAUACUAAAGCAUUCUGAUAAUAUCGAAUAUGAUGUUAUAAACAAAUUAUUCAAAAUCAAUAUCUCAUGUUCUUCAACCAACGAGGAAUGGUGAAUACAAAAAAUCAUACAAACAUAAAUUAUAAAUAUUUAGUGAUACGUAAUAUUGAUGUGCUAAUUCAAUAAAAUGGUGCAAUAUGUUUUCAAUAGCGUAAAGUAUGAUAUUGAUAAUGGUACACAGGACUGUAAUAUAAUGAUGAGUGCGUAAAAUUACUGUGUCAGUUACAUGGAUGUCUAUAUAAUCACAUUUAUUAUAAGAAUUAAUUUGCAUUUGAAAGUGCACUAUAGAUACCAAAACAGUUUCAAAAACAUGUAAUACUAAUACAAUGGCAGUAAGGCUUAGUGCAGCUUCUAUAAUGGAAGAAUAUUCUAUAAAUUGCUUUUAAAGUAAGCAUAUGACAUAUUAUUAACAUUCCUAUUAAUAAUACUGAUAAUAAUUGUUAUUAUAAUAUAUAACACAGCUUUUUUUAAAUUUUAUUUUUGAUAUCUUCCCUUUAUAUAUGUAUGUAUAUGUUUUACUGCUUUAAAAUUGUUGUUUUGGUUAGAAUUCUGAUUACUAUGUUUUAGAUUGUAAAGGUUUAAAAAUUAAUUAUCGGAUGUAAUUUUCAUGUUAUUAGCGAGGUGCUUUAUUUAGUAACUCCAUAUUUCUGGGAGAUAAAUAUUGGGAAAAAUUAUAACGAGUUAGUUUUUUUUAAAUACCAGCAAUACAUUUUAAUAUGGAAGAAACAGCUUCGUAUACCAAAGAGGUUUCUUCUAAUACUAAAAUUAAUAUAUUGGUUUUUAAUUCCUUUUAUAAUGUGAACAACUUCUUUAUUUUACAAUCAUAUAUCUUUUCAUUACCAAAAACUACGUGAACCGAUGCAGGUUGUAAAUCAUUGUGAAUAAAAUUCUAAUUCUAUGUGCAUUGUUUCAUGUAGUCACAUACAAUUGUAAUAAAAUAUUGAAUGAAAGAGACUUAUUAAUGUACGCAAUUGUAAUAUGAAAUUUGCGUAUGUUAUAUAUGAUACAAAAUUGGAACAUAAUCAACACAUGUUAGUUUCUAAUGUGUCUAAAGGAAAAAAAUGUUAAAUUUUACAUGCUUUGAUCAAGCAUGUUAAGCAUUCUUAAAUAUUACAGCCAUAGAAUUUUUGCACAAUGUCAACAUCACCGUACAUGAUCUUCAAAGUUACAAAUAAAAAAUAAAUAGAAAUAAAAUUGUAACUAGUCACCAAAAUAAAAGCAAAAACAUGUCUUGUUCUCCUUUCUUGUAAAAUGUAAUGAAAAAUUUGAAUUUUAAUUAUAUAUUGGAUAAGUAUAGUAAUAUCUCGUAUCUUUUACUUUGUUUUUAUUGCAAUAAAUUCUUCUACAUAAUAA